GACCCGUCUCUCUAGCCGUCACCUGCCGUCAUCGUGUGGUAUCCGAAAGGGAGGCGGUGUUUGGGCCGUUCGCUGACCACCGACGGGGGUAAAAUUUACUAUCCCGAAAGGUAACGAAAAUCCAGGCGCGUCCUUCCGCAGUGCCAGCAGCCGGCAUCAUCAAACAACAUGCUAGUCCUCGUACUGGGCGAUUUGCACGUCCCCCAUCGCUGCCACAGCCUGCCAGCCAAGUUCAAGAAGUUGCUGGUGCCCGGCCGCAUCCAGCACAUCUUGUGCACGGGAAACCUGUGCACCAAGGAGUCGUACGACUACCUGAAGACGCUGGCGAGCGACGUGCACGUCGUGCGAGGCGACUUCGACGAGAACCUCAACUACCCCGAGCAGAAGGUGGUCACCGUGGGCCAGUUUCGCAUCGGUCUGUGCCACGGUCACCAAGUGGUGCCGUGGGGCAAUCCGGAUAGCCUGGCCCUGCUUCAGAGGCAGCUGGACGUUGACGUGCUCAUAUCGGGCCACACACACCGAUUCGAGGCGUACGAGCACGAGAACAAGUUCUACAUCAACCCGGGAUCGGCAACGGGGGCUUACAACGCUCUCGAGAGCAACGUCAUCCCGUCCUUCGUGCUCAUGGACAUACAGUCGUCCACCGUGGUUACCUACGUCUACCAGCUGAUAGGGGACGAGGUAAAAGUGGAACGGAUCGAAUACAAGAAGUCCUAAGUCUUUUCGUCGCCGAUUGAACGUUGCGCCGUUACGUUCGACAUUCCUAUGGACUUUCCUCUGGAACCAACUCGUUCCCUGGUGGCGCUACCGUACCAAAUGGCAAAACGGGAAGAAAAAGAAGUGUGCGUGUGUGUGUGUGUAUGAGCGCGAACGCAGCUGCGGUCUCGUUUUUCGAUAGUGCUCGAAGAGUCGGUCUUAACUUUUUGCUGGCUCGAUCGCGGCACUGCUACAACCAAAAUUAAGAGUUGGCAGAACCUUGUUCGUGCUUUACUCCACGCUUACAAUUGCGUUUACAGUAAGGAUUAAAAAAGAAACAAUAUUACGCGUCAAAAACAGCCAUUUGUUUAAUUUACAGUGGUGUGCCAGCUUUUUUUUAAAAGGGCAGUUUUAUUGUAAUAGUAGGGCAUGCUAAAGCUGACAGUCUAUCUGCAAUAUGGAUAAUUAGGCACAACAACGAUAGUCUUAAUUUUCUUUCUCAUGCUUCUGUAUGUAUAUAUGUGAAUGUUCAUUGAUUUCUUAUAUCUUCUGUUCUCUUCAGUCACUGUCACUUUGUUAGGUGUGUACAUUGAGAUUUCCGCUUUAAUAAAGGAAAUUCAAGUUUAUUA